ACUUGUAUCUGAUGAGACUUUGAGAAGGAAGAGAGAGGAGGAAAUGGCAUUGAGGGAGAAAGCCAGAAUUCUACGAGCAGAGGCUGUUACUAAAAGAGAACAAGCUGCUCAUCUUCAACGUGAAGAGGAGAGACUGGGUGCCGAAGCUGAUGAUUUGGAUCGAGAGAUUGUGGAUAUGGAAUGGCAGGAACCCAUGUUGGAACAGAGGAUUGCAGAGGUUGAAUCAAGACAUGAAACAUAUGUCCGGGAAAAUAACGACACUGAAGCAUCAAUCAACAUGUAUAGAGAUGCUUCGAGGUGGAGACGAGAUCAAGAGGCCGGUCUAAGACAAGAGGCUGAGAAUAAGAAAAGAGAGGCUGAGAGGUUGCGUGGUGAGGCUGGGCAAAGCUGCCUUUCUGGAAUAGAUCAUAGAUCUCAUGGAAAUAUGGCACAAGCGAAUCCAAUACUUCGCCAGGUGGAACAGCUGUUGAAUGAGGCAGAAGAGCUUGAUCGACAAGCAAAUGAACACCUGAGGAAUAAUUUCUUUUUACUUAAUUAUAAUAUUUUUACAAUAUUUUUAUUUCCAAGUUAAAUUUUAAGUUUCA